GAAAAAGACGUGUUUUUUCAUUCUAACAGUGUAACACCACCGAGCGCCCGAGCGAACUUGUCCUUCUCUUUUCGUUCUUUCGUCGAACCUUUUUCUUUCCGUUCUUUCUUUCUUUCUUUUCCGUUCAUAAAAAUAAAAUGGCUGAUCAGGAGGUCGAUUUGGAUUCGAUCAUUGAUCGGCUCUUGGAGGUGAGGGGCAGCCGGCCGGGCAAGCAGGUCCAGCUCCUCGAGUCGGAGAUCCGCUUCCUCUGCACCAAGGCCCGAGAGAUUUUCAUCUCCCAGCCCAUUCUGCUUGAGCUGGAGGCUCCCAUUAAGAUCUGCGGUGAUAUCCACGGCCAGUACUACGAUCUGUUGCGCCUGUUCGAAUACGGCGGCUUCCCGCCCGAAGCCAACUACCUGUUCCUCGGCGACUACGUGGACCGCGGCAAACAGUCGCUAGAGACCAUCUGCCUGCUGCUCGCCUACAAGAUCAAGUACCCGGAGAACUUCUUCAUCCUGCGCGGCAACCACGAGUGCGCCUCCAUCAACCGCAUCUACGGCUUCUACGAUGAGUGCAAGCGGAGGUACAACAUCAAGCUGUGGAAGACCUUUACCGACUGCUUCAACUGCCUGCCCAUUGCCGCCAUCAUUGACGAGAAGAUCUUCACCAUGCACGGCGGUCUGAGUCCAGAUCUCAACUCCAUGGAGCAGAUCCGUCGUGUCAUGCGCCCGACUGAUAUCCCUGAUUGCGGUCUGCUGUGCGAUCUGCUCUGGUCGGACCCGGACAAGGAUAUCACAGGCUGGAGCGAAAACGACCGCGGUGUCUCCUUCACCUUUGGGCCGGACGUCGUCUCGCGGUUCCUGCAGAAGCACGACAUGGAUCUGAUCUGCCGUGCCCACCAGGUCGUCGAGGACGGCUACGAGUUCUUCUCCAAGCGCCAGUUAGUCACGCUCUUCAGCGCGCCCAACUACUGCGGCGAGUUCGACAACGCGGGUGCCAUGAUGAGCGUGGACGACAGCCUCUUGUGUUCAUUCCAAAUCCUGAAACCAGCAGAAAAGAAACAAAACAGGUUCGGGCGGAGAUAAAUCGAUCGAUCUAAUACACAACGACGCUACACCACACACUCUCACACACCCACACACACCCACACGCAUACACACACGCAUACACGCCU